AUGAUUCCUGUCAUUUGCACUUCCAAUAUCGAGCCAGAGCUGCUGAACGAAUUCUUGGUCAAAGCUUACGCUGGCGACACGGAUGCUCCAGAGGAUCUAUGCAUUCUGACCACUCAAGACUGGUCUCACUAUCGCGAUAAAGCUCGUCUGAACCCCGAAGAAGCUCAGAAGCAAGGACGCGUUGCUAUACCUCGAGGUGAAGGUCCAAUGGAAUCACCCUCACGCCCGCCUUGGACGAAGCGAUUCGAGACGCCCUUCAAAGACCAAGACCUGAAGGACAUCGCUUGGACCUUACGAGGUGCAGAACGUCUCCUUCCAAAAAUGAGCAAAGAGUUCUGUAUCGUUCUGGAUGGGCAAACAAUUCAAGACAAAAGUGUGUUGCUAGUCAAAACCUUUCGAGGGCCGGAGAGCAAUCUACCGAGCGAUGAUGAAAGUCCUAUUGUUCAAUACAGGACGCCGUUUGAGCAAGCCAAUAGUAUUUUACAAGGGGUAUGUAUUGGCGAAGGCUCCCUGGAGGAACUGCUAUGGAACGAGAAUACAACCGGUGGCUGA